UCAUCAAUCUUUCUUCUCCAACGCACAAACGAAACUCUUGAAUCCAUGCGUCUCAUUUUUCUCAAAUCUUUCCCCUAAAAACAAGAAACCAUUCCCCUUCGAAAACACAAAGUUCAGCACAAAAUUUGACAAUUUAGAAUCAAAUUUUUCGAUUUUUUUUCCGGUUGGCUCCUUCCGGACCACCUUCCAUACAUCUGCCACCUUCUGCCACGGACUGCAAAUAAGCACAUAGAUGUUCUUUUCGCAUCAUAUUAAACAUAUUUGCUAGAUCUUUGAGGUUGGGACCUUAUGUAAUAUUCGAGUGCAGAGAAAAAGAAACCAAAUCCAAAUAAAAACCUUCUUUGCCUUGCAUGAAAUGAAAAGGAAAUUUAUUUGGAUUUAUUCGAGGAGCAAUGAACGAUAAUAGGGUUCGUUUGUUGGUUCUUGUUGUUACCGUUCUUUGUUCUUUGGUGGCCGGAACUCACGAGGCCAACCGGAAAUUCGCUGACAGUUUUUUAGGAAAUGGGAUCACUUGGAAUAAUAUUGAAGAUAUCGAUGAAUACACGGCAGAGCAAGUGUGGCGUCAGUGCAGGGAAGAACUACUAGAAUUUGCAAAGGCUUACGAAGACUCUGACUUGUUUAUUUUACCUGCUCUGAAUAAGGUUGGAACGGAUGUCAAAUUAUUGAAGAAGAGAAUUCUACACAAGGCUAUCGCUGAUUUGCCUCGUGUGGAAGACACUCUUUUGAACUGCCUAAACAAGGAACUUUCUCAAUCAGUACCGUCUGAGACGAAUUCUGCAAACAUCAAUUGGCAUAAGCUGUUUUAUGACUGGCCUCUUGUUCCCAGAAGGUAUCUUCAAGGAAAUACUCACACAGAGCAUCACCAUAAACAUCAUCACCAUAAACAUGAACAUAAUGAAAGAAAGCCUACAGCAGCACCUUCUCCUAAACCUCCUAGUCGCCAUAAUGAAUCAUCGGCUCCUGCUACUCCACAAUUUGCAUCCACAACACUAACCAUAAAACCUAACAGAUCUUUACCUCCAAACCCACUUCAUGAUGCAUCUCACGGUCCUGCUGAUAUCACCUCUCCAGAAUCAACAGCGUCAGUUCUCCAGAUUUCUGCCCCCUCCCAGACUAAAAAUACUCAGCCUCCUUUAGCGGCUUUGAAACGGGUGCAAAAAGAAAACAUAUCACCUCAAUCUUCAGCAACAAAGAAAAGGAUAUCACCAUCAGCAUCACCAACAAAAAUUAGUAAAUCACCUGCACCUUCGUCCCCAGGAAAAAGUAAGUCACCAGCACCUGCGCCUCCAUCGCCAGGAAAAAGUAAAUCACCAAAAUAUUCACCACCAGGGAAAGGGAACGCACCUAAUCAUUCACCAAACAAAAUUAAGCCGCCUGCAUCUUCGCCUGCCAAGCAUCGUUCAGAACAUCUUGCUCCCUCCGCUAGUAAACCAAAGGAUAAGAGUAAAAAGAGUGAUGAUAAAUCAGCUGUUAUUGCUGGAUGUUCGGUGGCAGGAGUAAUCGUCGUUGCCCUCUUAUUGUUGUGCUGUAUCAAGAGCAGGAGGGAAAAACUUGGGGCAAGAGACGGGCAGAGGGAUGACAAGCCUCUCCUUAACCUUUAUUCAAGUGAUCUUUCUGCUGGUUCUUCAAGAAUGCCAAACGCUAUUGGAAAUACGGAUAAAACAGGAUCCAAUUCCUCAAAUAAUGGAAGUAACUUGAACAUUGGGUCUAGCAAUCGAGGUUCAGAAGGUCAAUCAUUAGGUGCAUCUGGAGAAGGAAAAUUACCACUUCCUCCUGGAAGAGAAGCUCCUCCAUCCCCAGCAGCUCAUCCACCGCCAACACCCCCUCCUCCCCCUGCCCCUAAACCUCCGGCUUCCCCACCUCAACCACCCCCACAGCCUGCUGCUCGUCCACCACCUCAGCCACCAAAACCUGGAAACUUGCCCAAGCCUGCACCUCCUGGACCUAGGCUUCCCCCUAAAAGUGCUGCUGAAAGCAGUGAGGAUAAAACAAAGCUGAAGCCAUUCUUUUGGGACAAGGUUCUUGCCAACCCUGACCAACAAAUGGUUUGGCAUGACAUCAAAGCGGGAUCCUUCCAGUGCAACGAGGAUUUGAUGGAAAGUCUAUUUGGUUAUAAAGCAGCACAAGAGCAACAGAAAAUUGAGCGUAAAAAAGAGCACCCAACACCUUUUGAAGUACCAAAAUAUAUUCAAAUUAUUGAUCCCAGGAAAGCACAAAAUUUAUCAAUUCUGUUAAGAGCGCUGAAUGUGACGACUGAUGAAGUUUGUGAGGCCAUUUUGGAAGGCAACGAGCUUCCCGCUGAGCUCAUUCAGACUUUGUUAAAGAUGGCACCAACAACAGAUGAAGAAUUGAAGCUAAGGUUAUUCAAUGGGGAUCGUUCUCAACUUGGUCCUGCUGAAAAAUUCCUCAAAACCAUGGUUGAUAUUCCUUUUGCCUUUAAGCGCCUGGAAUCAUUGUUGUUUAUGUGUACUGUUCAGGAGGAGGUUGCAUCUGUGAAACAUUCUUUCGCAAACAUAGAGGUAGCCUGCAAUGAGAUAAGGAGCAGCAGGGUGUUCCUUAAACUCCUAGAAGCGGUCCUUAAAACUGGAAAUCGUAUGAAUGUUGGUACUUACCGUGGUGGUGCACAAGCAUUUAAGCUUGACACGCUCUUGAAACUAUCAGAUGUCAAGGGUACUGAUGGGAAGACCACGCUUCUUCACUUUGUCGUUCUUGAAAUAAUUCGAACUGAGGGCAUACGAGCUGCGCGUAAAGUAAGACGGAGCCAAAGCCUCACUAGCGUAAAAACAGAAGAUAUACUUGAGGAUUCAACAAAGGAAACAGCAGAGUAUGUACGCAGCCUUGGUCUUGAGGUCGUUUCAAAUUUAAGCAGUGAGCUUGAGCACGUAAAGAAGGCAGCAUUUGUAGACGGUGACACGCUGAAGUCAACUGUCCUCAAACUAGGCCAGUCACUGAAACAGUCCAAAGAUUUUUUGAAAAAUGAGAUGGGCAGUUUAGAUGAAGAAAGUGAGUUCCGCGUGACACUGGCUAGUUUUGUGCAGCAAGCAGAAGAUGAUAUCAUUUGGUUGUUAGAAGAGGAAAAGAAGAUAAGUACUCUUGUCAAAAGCACAAGUGAUUACUUCCAUGGUACUGCAGGAAAAGAUGAAGGCUUGCGUUUGUUUGUGAUUGUUCGGGAUUUCUUAGCAAUGGUUGAUAAAGUGUGUGAUGGGGUGAAAAAAUCUUCAGCAAACUCAAUAAAGACUACCAAGAAAAUGACUUCAAAUGUAUCAUCAACUUCACAAGCAUCUCCUCAAACACCUUCACCAACCCUUCCAAAGAACCUGUUUCCAAGCAUUUCAGAUCAUCGUGAAAACAAUUCCGAAUCUUCAGACUUUAGUUCUUCCGAUGAUGAAAGUUGAUAUCCUGAAACAAUAUUGCAAAACUUGGACCAUAAACAUUGAACUUCCUCAUGUGAGUAAUCAGGAAAGAAAAUUUCUCAAGGUCUGUGACAAUUUUGAACCUGCUCCCUGGUAUAUUAUCUAUGAAACUUUUUGGUAAACAACUUGAUCAACAUCAAAUGUUCUCAUCCAGUGCCACUUAUAUUUGAGCAGGUAGGUGGCUACUAAAGUUACGCUGCAGGCAGACUAAACUGCAUUGAAGAUGAGUCCUGCAACGAUACUCCAGGACACUCUAGAUUGUGUGCUCUUGACUCUUGGCUUUCCUGUAAAUGUUCACUUGUUAAUGAAGAACUUGAAAUUAAUGAAGCACGUGGCACAAACGGUUAAGAGUGACAAAGAAAGAGGAUGAAGAUGUUGGUUCAGAUCAGUUAGUCUAUAGUUCUAUGUGACAUGGUGUAUAAAACUGCUAUGUUUUUUCUUCAUGAAAUGAUAGGGGUGAUCCAAUAA